GAAAAGAUUCAUAUACAGAAAUUGUAUAAAAUUGUUUUAAAUGUCAGUUGAUAAGUUGGUCAGCAUUUCAAAGGACCUUUCAUAGCAGCAACCACACCAAACUCAAAGGCAACGGAUCGAGCUUAUAAUGUCCAACAGCGGGGGUGGUGGUGGUGCUGGCGGCGUUGGCGUCGGAGUCAGCGUCUCUGCUGGCGAUUGGAUUUGUCCAGAUAUUGACUGCCGCCAUUUGAACUUUGCGCGUCGCCUGCAAUGCAAUAAAUGCGACCGUGAGCGGGAAAGCAGCAUUAUUGAAAAGCCGGACCGGGAUCGGGACCGAGACCGGGACAGGGAUCGAGAUCAAAGUCGAGAACGCGGCAAUGGGAGCAGCGGCAGCAGCAGCUCAAGCAAAAAGAAACUGGGCACGGAAAUUGGCAAAGUGGCGGCAGACAAGUCACGUGGUCUGUUCAGCGCCGAGGAUUGGCAGUGCAGCAAAUGUGCCAACGUUAAUUGGGCGCGCCGCCAGACCUGCAACAUGUGUAAUGCGCCCAAAUUCACCGACGUGGAGGAGCGCACAGGCUUUGGCGGCGGUUACAAUGAUCGUGGCGUUGUUGAGUACAAGGAGCGUCAGGACUCUGAUAGCGAGUACGACGAGUUUGGACGCCGCAAGAAGCGUAAAAACAAUGACAAAGGCGCUGGAAGCGAUGAGGAUCCACAGGACCGUGGACGUGGCAGGGAUGAAGCGAAACGUCCUAGACGCAGUGAUAUUGAUGGCGUGGAGGAGGAGGAAGAUGAUGACGAGGACGAUGACGGUGAUUUGUCCAAGUACGAUUUGUGGGGCGACAACGAAGUCAGCUCCAGUAAUGUGAAGAGCAAGGAAACGGACAAUGGAAAUAGUAGCAGCAAGUUAAAUUCAUCAUCAGCAGCAGCAGCUGCUUGCAGUAAAAGAGCCUCCAGAGACUCCACCUCGUCCUUCUCUUCGUCGUCCUCAUCAAGCUCGUCCAGCUCCAGCGAUUCCUCAACCACCUCAUCCUCAAGCAGCUCCAGCAGCAGCAGCAACGCAUCCAACAGUAAGCGUGGAAAGAAACGAUCCGACACACGGUCACGAUCUGUCGAACGUGCUGCUCCAGGUCGGCGCUAAACCUUUUAAUUAUAAUCUCCGUUGGAGAAUUCAUGCUUUCGUCUUGUUUUUGCUGUUUAUUUAUUUUUCUAAGCCUGCAUCACUUCCCAUGACAUGUAAUGAAAUCCCCACAACUCUAUAAAAAAAACUCAAUAAAUUCAUAUAAUUUAAGAAUCA